AUGAUAAGCAACGAAGAGACGCAUAAGACUAUACGUAAUACAAAAAUUCAUGUAAUUAAAGCAAAAAAGAACUUUUUAACGGAAGUAGAACCUGAUAUUACAAAAAAUGGGGUAAUCAAAAAUUUUAUUUUUUACCCUUAA